CCUUCCUGACUUGCUGAGUAAGAGCUGGAGGCCAAAUUCAAACAGAAGUCCCUCAGCUGACCCCAUCCAGGCCCCUUGAUCUAGGGCUGCAGCUGAAUCCCUGAAGGGCAAGGGCCAAGCUCCCCAAGCAGACAGGCACCCUCUAGGGUAAACCGAGGGUUCCGGGGCUCCAGAUCCACUCUAACCCUCUCACUGUCCAGGACUAGUCAGGGAGAGUCAGGCCCAGAGCAUGGAGAUCAUGCUGGGCCAAAGGCACCUCAGGGAGAGCAACAGCCUGUGGCCCGGCUCUCCAGAGUCCCUUUAUAGGGGGCCCUGGUGGCUCCUGGAGGUUCCCCUGAAAAGGCAAAGGGGGCCUGGGGAGGCUGCAACAGCCUCAAGCUACAGCCCUGCUCAAAGACUUCAGAGCUUUCCCCAGAGCCCCUGCCUAGAAUGGGGGCUGCCUGUCCUUCCCUCUCCAGAGCUAGCUGAGCAGCGGGCCUUGGGCUUUGGCUCUGAGCUCUGCAGGAAAGGCCCCGGGGCGCCUCCUGAGAUAGGCCCAAACUUUCGGGUGCCCCUACACCCCCUUUGUGGCCAGGGGCUGGAGAGGGCCUUCCUCCGGGGUGCUGCCCCCUUCUUCCUUGUCCUGCCUUGCAUGGGACCCGGGCAAUGCUGCCAGCUGGCCCCCCCUGACCCUCCUGACCCAUGCAUGAGGUCACAACGGGGGCCUCCUGGCUGUGUUACGCCUGGGAGGCUGCCCCUUCUUAGCUCAGCUGUCCCAGAGAGCCAUAGCCAGUCUGCCCUCCCCGCAGAGAGUAUCCUGGCCCUCCUCCAGCAGCCCCCUCCACCCCCACCCCAGAGCCCUGAUCUUCAGGCGCACCGAGACUCCCUGAGCCCAAUGAAACCCCGGAAACCCUCACCAGGUGGGGCCCCGGCCUGGGGGGCUGCAGGGCUGCAGGGGAGCCCCCGGGGGCCGGCCAGCCCCCAGCUCCGGCCUGCUUCCUCCCUGCUCACAGUUGUCCUGCCUGGAGAGCUCCACCUGCCGGAAGAGGAAGUGGAAGCGGAACUGUCCUUCCCGCUGUGCUUCCCCAAGCCUGGCCCGCUGCAGAGAGCCGUGGUGGAGGGCAACUACCCGCCCCUCGGGCCGUUCACGGCCAUGUUUGAGAGCGACUUUGUCCAGGUGACCCCAGGCAGGCCAGUGGGCCCAGCUGGGGGAGGGCUGGGAGAUGAGAUGGGGGAGGGCUGGUCCUGGACACCCAGCACGCCAGAGUCCCCUGGGUUGCUUCCUUAGAUCAGAGCCCAGACUUUUCGGGAGGAGCACCCCGGGGAGCCUAGUGGAAGUGGAAGGUAAAGGACGCCCCCCUCCCCCCUGCUCCCCUGCUCUCUGGCUCGGGGCUCUUCCAGAGGCCUAACCCGGUCCCGAAUCCCCCCAGGGCAGCCGAGCGUCACCAUCCGGACCCUCUUCAGACGUAUUUCCAGCACUCUAAGCCGGUCCAAGGCUGCCUCACCAGCGGAGACGUCCUCUUCAGGGCCCUCCAGGCCACCCUCCCAAGAGCACCCCCAGGAGAGGGGCACUGCCAACAACCUUUGGAGCUUGUGUAGGCAUGACUUAGACAGAAAAGGGGACACAACACGCAGAUUAGGGGAGCACAGAACAGCCUGCCUCUUAGACCUAGAAAGGUCUCAUUUCUCAAAUGACGAGAGAAUUGGUUUGCAAACUGUAAGGACUGAAUACUAUUUCUACCCAGAUAUUAUAUAUUUUAUAAGGUUUAUGGGAAAGGGUAGACAGCCAUUCCUGUAAGUAACCUGACCACGUGGGCCCUAGCCUGCAAGCCUCUUCCUCCUUCCCUUCACCUGUUCCCGGCUUCUUCCUAACUCCUUCUCUUCUCAGUUCUCUCCCUCUCAAGCCCCAAAGCCUCGACUUUUCUUGACCUACCGUAGCAUGUAGAGGGACCGAACCUGGCACAACUGUAUUAUCUCAGGAAUGUUUGAUGGACGGGUCAAGUGACUCAGAAGGGGGAGGGAAUGAACUUCCUUGACACAAAACAUACAAGAAGACAAGUCAUUCCCCAAUUGAUAAAUGGUCAAAGAAGAAGGUCAGGGAGGUUUGGAAGAACUCCAAGGGAUCUAGAAUCAUGGGAAAAACUGUUCCUCAAUCACUGCUGAUUAGAGAAAUGCACAUUAAGACACCUCUGAGGUAUCACCUCACACUUAACAGAAAUGACAAACACUGGAGGGAGUAAUGGAAAAAUAGGUAAACUAAGGAACUGCUGAUGAAGGAGCCAACGGAUCUAACCAAUUUGGAGAACAGUUUGAAACCAGGCCCAAAGGGCCAUCAAACAGCAUAUCCUUUGACUCAGUGAUACCACUCCUGGGUCUGUAUCCCAAAGACAUCAGAGAGAAUGGAAAAAGAAAACAACCCAUGUGGACACAAAUAUUUCUAGCAGCUCUUUUUGUGGUGGCAAAGAACUGGAAACUGAAGGGGUGUCCAUCAACUGGGGAAUGGCUGAACUAAUUGUGGUAAAUGAUGGCGAUGGAAUCCCGUUGUGGGUUUUAAAAAAUUUUUUUACCUUCUGCCUUAGAAUAGAUACUCCAUCUAGCAUGUUUCUUUGCUUCUGUCCUUGCACUUAUAAGAUGGAGCUAGUGCAUUUGGUCAGCUAACUGCUUCACAGAGUGUUAAAUUUAUUAAGAUUAGCAAAGUUUCAAGCUAGAUAGCACAGUAGAUAGAGUCAAGCCUAGACUAGGCUGGAGGUCCUAGGUUCAAAUCUGGCCUCAGACACUUCCUAGCUAUGUGUCCCUGGGCAAGUCACUUCACCCUGUAAGAAAACCCUCUGAGGACAGAUAAUAUACCAGAGGUGAAAGCGGGGAGAGGCAAAGAUGGGCACCUCAAAAUUUGGGGUACUUGAGGUUACAGAGAACCUCCCCCAAAAACCCCAUACUCUCUUCCGGGGCCUCUCACUCUUACAAAGAUAUCUGACUGCGUUAUUUAACUAAAGAUGAAUUUAAUAACAAGUUUGGAUUGGGAAGGUAUCAGGGUAGAGGGAAUAGGGAUUUCCCUAUACUUUGUCACAGAUGGGGUUUGAGUCUCUCUCAGCUUUUUGAACUGAGGUCAGGCCUCACAGGCUGGUGAAGGGUUUCUUUUAUUCCUGUCUAUGCUAAUCUAUGCUAGAUUUCUUAAAUUCAAAGUCUUUAGCAAUAGACAGCAAGAGGAAGAAAAUAGUCUGACUUUCAGAGCUGGUUGGGCCUGUCUCUUCAGGCUAGCACCCCUACAGACAGGCCUUAAGUUCCAGCUGCUCCCCUUAAAUCCCUUUGCUUGAUGACACGAUCCAUAGGAAUCCAGGUAGAGCACACAGUUGGGAAAAAUCUACAAAUAGAGGUACUUCUAUCCCGAGACAAGGAGAAAGCAUUCUUUCUAGUCCAAUGGCCAGGAAAGAGUCCCCUCAAGAGCAACUGUCACUCUCCAAGUCUCCCCCAACCCCCUCCAACUGCCUUCGCUGUCAAUAUCUUCACUCUAACAUUCCAACUUCUGUCUGCUCCACCUCAGUGACAGAAAUUCCAAAGCUUAAUUCAGUUUUCCUUUCCACAAUCCCCAUUUUUUUGUUGUGACCGUCCCAAGGUCACUUAUAUUUAUUAUGCUUACCAAGCUACUAAAUCUACUUUCUACCUACUCCCCCUAUUCUAUGCUAAUCUUAUCUAAUCUAAGGAAUUUUAUGCAGGAAAGUUUUGGGUAAGGGGGUAGUUUUGGGGUUUUACAAUAAAUUCAGUACAAUAAAUGUUUGAACAAAACCAUUACAAAGAAAUUUGAAUUGCAAUGCUAAUAUUACUUACUCUUGCUAAGUUAAACUAGUACAAACAUUUUUUCCUGUUUUAUUUACCUAUAAUUAUUUGCAAACUAUUUUAUCUCUAUAUGUUUCCAUUAAACACAAUUUCAGCAUCAGCUUUACAAUAAACAAUUAAAAGUGCACUAUCUGCAAAUGUAGCUUAAAUCUAUUCCUAAGUAUAACUGUGUAUGCUAUGCUUAAUUUCACUUACUCCUAAUCUAUUCCCUACUUAUUAUAACUAUUCUCUAAGUCCUUAGUCUAUAACUUAAUCUUAUGUACAAUGUAUAUACAUGCUAUGUUACAUAUUUAUAGGCCCUCCCACUACAUUACUAACCUACUUAUAGUAUAUAUAUUAUUUACGGAGGUUAUUUAUAUAUAGUACAAUAAUAUACAUUGUUCUCGUAUCCUGAUGUCAGUCAAAUAGAAAUAUCUAUUGAUCUUUCGAUUUGCCCAAGACCUUAUGGAACUAACUAACUAGAUAUAUAUUUUUUUUUCAUAAAUGCAAUUUCAGACACUCAUUUAUUUAUACAAGGUCUCCUAAUAUAUGUCAGUUUGUGAUUUUGUGAUUUAUGUCUAAUAGUGUUGUGUGGAAUGGAUAUUUAUUAAGUUUCUUCCACUUCUCAUGUUGACUGAUGGAUCUCUUCUUUCUUCCAAGUAUGUAGUGUUGCAUGCUAUUUCUCUAAUAUGUGAAAUUAAUUUUGUUUUAUGCUUUCAACACACUCAGUCUUACAUAUAAGUCCAGUUUUACGUCUGUCCUUUUCUUGUAUAAACAAAUGUGCAAAGUUCAAAGUCUUAGCUGUCCGUUUCAGGUUUUUUUCUCUUUGUUUCUUCUUUCUGGCAGCUUUUCUUGUUGCUUUUGUCUAAUUAUCUUCUUCUUCUAUGACUGUUACAGUGAUGUUGGAUUUUUCUGGUUUUAUGUGGGAAGAGUGGAACCAUGAGUCUUUCCCUGCAAUUUUUAUAGCUGUCAGGGUAGUAAGCAAUACAUUGUGUGGUCCAAACAAUUUUAUGUUUGUAGCUAGUUUUCUAUUGAAAUUUUUUGUGUAUACUUUGUCUUCUGGUUUAAUGUUGUGCAAACUGUAAUCCAGGGAUACUGUUUGUUGUAUCAAGCCCAUUUUGUGCAACUCUGCUAUUCUUGUUUGUAAAGCUUGUAUAUAUUUUGUUAAUUAACAAUCUACUCCUAUCAUUGCAAUGUAUGCUUGUUUACAAGUCUUUCUUUGCCAAAUUGCGUGUCUGUAUAGCAUAUCAAAUGGAGAGAUGGGCAGAUCUCCAUUGGGUCUUGUUCUAAGAUGGAACAGAACUAAUGGUAGAAUGUCUGUCCAUUUUAAGUGUUUCUGCACAAAAUUUUCCUAUUAAUGUUUUGAUGUCUUUAUUUAAUCUCUCCUCUUGCCCUGAACUUUGGGGAUGAUACAGUGUGUGGCAUGUUGCUUGUAUUCCUAGAUUUUUAUCAAUUUCAUUUAAUAUUGAUUGAGUAAAGUGACUUCCAU